UGUGAGCCGGGAUGGGCGGAGGAGCCCCGGAGGAGGCGGGGCCUUUGUUUGUUCGUGUCUCGGCUGGCAGGAACAAAGGGUCCUGUAGUAGUAGUGCAGAGGCAGCACGGACCCCCGAGCUCAUGACAUCGAAUUCAUAUUGCUGGGGGCUGCGAGUUGACGGGAACCGAGGAGACUAGCGGGGGCAUCUCACUUCCCGUCCUGCCGUCUUGUUUUGGGAUCGUAGCAGGAGCUCUCCUCCUCCGCCUCCUCCUCCUCCUCCUCCAUCAUCCAGCCGCUCCGGCUAGCAGCGAGGCUAGCUGGCUAGAAACACCGAGCGGAGGUGUUGAGCAGCACCGCGUUUCGGUGGACAUUUCUCUGCAGGCUGUUCGUCAAAGUCAUUCAAGCUGUACUCUCCUAAGGAGCCCCCCAACGGCGGCAGCUUUCCCCCCUUCCACCCAGGCGCUAUGCUUGACAGAGAUGUGGGGCCUACACCCAUGUACCCCCCGUCAUACAUGGAGCCUGGAAUGGGGAGACCCACACCGUACGGGAACCAGACAGACUACAGGAUAUAUGAGCUGAACAAAAGAUUACAGAACUGGACAGAGGACUGUGACAAUCUCUGGUGGGAUGCCUUCACCACAGAGUUUUUUGAGGACGACGCCAUGCUCACCAUCACUUUCUGUCUGGAAGAUGGACCCAAACGAUACACCAUUGGCAGGACGUUGAUUCCACGCUACUUUCGAAGUAUUUUUGAAGGGGGCGCCACUGAGCUGUUCUACGUUUUGAAGCAUCCAAAGGAGUCGUUCCACAGUAACUUUGUCUCCCUCGACUGCGACCAGUGCACCAUGGUGACUCAGAACGGCAAACCUAUGUUCACGCAGGUUUGUGUGGAGGGGCGUCUGUACCUAGAGUUCAUGUUUGAUGACAUGAUGAGGAUCAAGACGUGGCACUUCAGCAUCAGACAACACAGAGAGGUCCUGCCAAGGAGCAUUUUGGCUAUGCACGAUCCGCAGAUGCUCGAUCAGCUGGCUAAGAAUAUCACCAGAUGUGGGCUGUCCAACUCGACGCUCAACUACCUCCGUCUAUGUGUGAUAUUGGAGCCCAUGCAAGAGUUGAUGUCCAGACAUAAGACCUACAGCUUGAGCCCCAGAGACUGCCUGAAGACCUGCCUCUUCCAAAAGUGGCAACGAAUGGUAGCCCCACCAGCUGAGCCAGCCAGACAAGCUCCAAACAAGCGGCGGAAAAGGAAGGUGUCCGGCGGAAGCACUGUGAGCACCGGCGGAGGCAACAACAACAACAGCAACAGCAAAAAGAAGAGUCCAGCCAACAACUUCUCACUCUCCAGCCAGGUACCUGACGUGAUGAUGGUGGGAGAGCCCACUCUGAUGGGAGGGGAGUUUGGUGACGAGGACGAGCGUCUGAUCACGCGACUGGAGAACACGCAGUUCGAUGGGGCGAAUGGCCUGGAGGAUGAGGACAGUUUCAACAGCUCGCCUGCACUGGGGGCACACUCACCCUGGAACAACAAGGCCCCCUCCAGUCAGGAGAGCAAGAACGACAACUCGCAGUCAUCCCAGUAGAGUGCUGAAGUCGCAGCAGCAAGCCCCCCCUUUUCAAUCCUUAAAUCCUACUGGGACCCACGUGAGCCAACGUGCUAGCGAGAGGAGUCAGGGAGGGCGGCGCCGAGCACUUCUGUUCUAUUAAAUUCUGUUUGUUUUGUUGCGUUAUGCUAUUUUCAAGACAAAGGAGAGUGAUGAGGGGAAGGCUUGACAGCUGAUAGAGCUCUCAGCUGUCACAUAAAGGACAGGGUCAGCAGAAUCCCACUCUUGCUGCCUCACAUUGUUGCACAUGAUCAGUGGUGCUCAGCCUUGGCCCUUGUCUGCUCGGCUUCAGUCAGUCCUCUUAGGUGCGCGGCGAGAGGUGGCGGUUUGUGUGCAUGUGUGUUCACCCGCCACCGUCGCCCGCCAUGAUGUUUUGGCCAAAAGUUGGCGUGUCCUAGUGUCUGAGUGCUCGCAACGGCGACCGUGUCAGUGGGUUCUUGUUCCAACCUCGGGUCUCUCUGGCGUGCGUUUCCCUUGACGACGCACCUCGCUGUUUCUGUUGUGCUCAUGUCACAGGGAGGAAAUGCUACAGCUUUUAUUUAACUUAUUUUUUUGCAGGCUGCAGAGAACUGUGUGCACUCUUAGUAUCAAAAUUCAAAAGUUCGGUUUUUAAAAACUCAAUUAUUUGUUUUUGUAGGACCUGGUUGGAACAAAAACCUGUACAGUGCCGGAGCUUGAGGACCGGAGUUGAGAACCACUACGCUAAAUCUUAAACCCACACACACACACACACACACACAUGCACAUGCACAUACAUACAUAUACAUACACACAAACUCUCUGUCUCUGUCUCUUUCUCUUUGACCCACACAUACACACACCCUCAUACACAUACCCAAUCAAACAAUGACACAUAUACACACAGACCAGUGCACACACCAACACACACACACCCAGCAACACCUACAGCAUAAAACAUUGAGGUACUGGAGAGAGGUGGUAUGCAGCGUGUCUGGACCAGAGCACCAGACGCUACAGACGUGCGUUUUCAUUUUUCUAUGUUUUAGACUUGUUUUCAGUUUUGUUUUUUAAUUUUUUGUAAACAAUUUCUAAAAAACAGACAAGCAAGCAAACAAAAAACACCCCCGACUAUUCUUUGCACUGUUUUCCACUAUUAAACCUCUAUCUAUUUUUCUUAUGAAUUGAUGGUGUAUUUUGUUUUCCUUUUCUAUUAUUGCUAAUGUAAGAACUGUAAAACAUCUGAAACCUGCAGUAUAUAUUAAUGUAUAAGUAUUGCUGUUAGAUCAUUCUUAUUGUGAUGGUAAUAACUUUCAUGUAAGUCUAUGCUUGAUAUGUCAUCCAUCUGUGUCAGACAUCACAGUGUCAUCAGGUCCGUUGGCUUCACUGCUGGGGAGAACAAGGCUAGUGUGUGAGAUACUGUACCGCAUCUCGUUUGAUGCGAGUCCAAAGCAGCACACUGGAAACCAGUUUGACCCCCCGAAAUUUACGUCAAACGCCUGGCUUAGAUCUGUUGUCUUAUCAUUGCAGAAACUGUUUGCUUUUGUGUCGAAAUUUCUUAUCUGGGGGUCCUCUCUUCAGUGAACAUAAUUGCAGAAAACGUCUCAAAUUUGCUACUCAAAAAAUAUUUUAAAAAACAAGUUUUGACAGGAUUGUAAAAUAGGAUUUAAAAGAAAAAAAAGACUUUUGUAUUAACUUAAGUUUCCCAGAAAAGUUUGUAAUCACAAUUAAGAAAGCUGCAGACCAAGGAGCUACAUGUAAAGAGUCUUUAGAUAUCGAUUACACUGCGCUGUUUUAUGUUUUAUGAAGAAUCAUUUCUGUUGGCUUUACUUUGUUUGUGUCUGUGCUUGUAUAUUUUUAGCUAGUAAUUUCUGUAAAAGUUAUUCUAUGUAUUCCUCCCUAGAACUAUGAGAAACUCAAUCUAAUGUAAAGAGAUGAAAAGCCUCUUAAAAGUUUUUUUAAAACGUGAUUUUUCAUGGUACAAUCACUGAUAAAAGAAUUUUGCCCUCAUUUUAGCAAACUGUAUUUAUUUUUCUAUGUACGGACGUUCUGUUUAGGUCCAACCCACCUGUACAAUACUCAUGAUAAUAUAUGGAGGGGUUUGUGGGGCUGCUGAGUCAGUUGAUGCUAAAAAAAGAGGUCAUUCCAUUACUUUUGUUCCUUUGACGUGCGGCUCCCGGGUCAGUCUGGCCUGUUUAUUACAAUGGUUCAUUAUGUUCACAGUAAGGAGAUAUUUAAUAACCAUCCUCUGCUGUUGUAAGGUUCUGGUCUAUCUGAAAACUUGUCAGAUGUACUGAAAACCAAUAAAUAACCACAUUUAGAGAAAA